UCUCAGUUCGUCACAUCACCCUGCCCUGCGCCUUCACCUACCCCCGUGAGAUCGAGCCGCUGCGGGACGUCCGAGUUUACUGGAGACGGGGGGGAUUCCAUGGUGAGUUUAUCUACAAUUACCCCGAGGGGUUCACCCACCCGGAUUACGGGGGCCGCAUCGUCCUGGUCGGGGACCCGCAGGGGAACCGAACGGCCUCGAUCCGCAUCGACCGGCUGCGGGAGUCGGACGCCAGCGAGUACAUCUGCCACGUCAGGGUGCAGAAGAAUGAUGGCACAUGGGAGCAAUGGUGCCGUCACGUUGGGACCCACCUCACGCAGGAAGCUCCCAGCCUCACGGACAGCACGUGGCACCCAGAAAGGGUCACAACUGAUGCAGCGGGUGAGGGGAGAACCUGCCCCUGGCGCAUCGACACCAUUCACCUCCUCAUCGUCGGCCUCGUCCUGGUGCUUUCCAAGGUCGGUGUCUCCGGCGUGGUCUUUGCCCUGGGCCAGCGGCUGGGCUGGGAUCACGGCCCAGAAAGCAUCACCGGGCGGGUGUCAGGGAGCUACGCACC